AUGAACCUUCGACUCCUCCUUCUCGUCGUCGCUGCUUCACUUGGUAAGACCGAGGCUCAGUUGGUUCUUGACCACAAACAUAUUCGACCAUUCCCACAGCCCAAGCCCAUUACCGCUUUCCAAAAAACAGCCGUCAAAUUUAAGCCGCAACUCAAGAUCACCGACAGCUGCCACCCGUAUCCGGCUGUCCAGAAAGAUGGCACUGUUAGUGGUGGUCUCAAGUGGAGUGGCGCGCGAGAUGGUGACUGUAAGGGCUCAAAGUUGGGCUCGCAGAUCUAUGCUCGAUCCGCCAUGUACAAGAACACGUGGGGCCUCGUAUACGCAUUGUACUUCCCAAAAGGAAGGGCUCCAAGGACCACUAUCUCCUUUGGGUUCUCAGGACACCGCCAUAAUUGGGAGUACAUUGUUCUAUGGCUUGGCAACGUCGAUGUCGAGAGUCCCGAUAUCGACAACACCUCCAUUAUCGCCGUAGCGAUGUCUGCAAGCUGGGGACAUGAUAAGGCCUUCCCCGAAGAGAGGUAUAUGAAUGGCACAAGCCUGAAGGUUGAAUACUACUUUGAAGACAUCCUUGGAACCACAGCUUUAAAGCUCACUGAAGACAGUGGCGAAUUCCAGGACCUCAUUACAUGGGAUCAACUCUCAGAAUUGGCACGAUACUCUCUAAGCAACAUGCAAUGGGAUUCAAGUUUACUUCAUUUUGCAGGCAUUGAUAUGCCUCUCAAGGAUGGCGUGAUCAAUGACAUUCUCGCUGCGACUUGGCCGUUUUGA